AAUUGUACAGUUGCAUAUGUGGCAGUUGGUCUGUUAUCUAUUGGGCUGCUGAUAUCUCUGUGUUUAAAUGUCGCUUUCUAUUUAUUAAGAAGAAAGGAAAGAAAAUGCAGAGCCAAUGAAAACAUGUAUGAUUAUGGAGAUGAGGCUUUACGCCGAGAUUCACUUCAGUCUUACAGGUUUGAGGAUGAUGAAAUGGAAAGACAGGAAAAUCCUAUUUAUGGCAAUAUCUGUUUAGAAGGAGGAGGAGCUUUUGAAAUGGCUGAGGAUGUCUGCUAUGAACAGAUGUCUCAGGCAAGCACAGUAAAGCAUGGAUUGAAGGUCCAGCAGGGGGACGUGUCUUAUGCCUCUCUUGAUCUGACAGCCAACAAAAAGCGAAGGAAGAAGCGAAAAUACCAAAAACAGGCUCAGACUCACCAGGCCCAGACGCAUCCUCAACCCUCAUCCCAGCAGAACUGCCUGGACCAGUAUCCUGAGGAUGAUAGCGCCCUCCCAUCCCGGACCAGCAGCCUCAUGGUGUCCCGUCACAGCAUCUACCUCAACAGCCAUCAAGUAGCCCUGGAGGCCGAAGAAAGGGAGAGAGAAAGAGAACGAGAGAAGGAAAUGGAAAGAGAAAGAGAACGAGAGAAGGAAAUGGAAAGAGAAAGAGAUGAAGAUGCAGAGACAGAGUUUGAGUUGCACAGAAAUUUGCACGAAGGCUUUGAUCACUCCCUCGGUAGAUCAAGACAAAGUCUAGAACAGGACAGUUUACAGUUUGAGAGCUAAAUAAAAACACAUUUAGCAUCUUAAAAGUUGAAACACAGGAUAUUGUGGGGUGUGAUGUCAACACCUGUGAUAUUUUAAGCUAAGUGCUGAAGUAGGCUGCAUCUCUCUCAGACACACACACCCCAUAGCCUACUAUGAUGCCUGUGCUGAGAGGAGACCAUUUCAAGUAUCCAUCUGUUGUUGGGCAUACUAAAAGUAAUAUGUUAACAUAUAUUUAUCUGCUUGUUUAUUGCUAUUUUAAAAUGAUAUUUAGGAUGACAAAUAAAAGACUUGUAGGCUUCAAUAGUCAUCAUUUGUAAUGUAUUUUUGUGGUUUUGUUAUGAUAUUAAAGGUCUUGGUGACUCUUG